AUGUUUCGACGUGCGAUCAAUGUAUCAGUCCCCACGCGUUGCAUGGCGUUAAUGGGCUAUGCAACGCUGCCUGACCUCAUAAAACCAAAGGGGGCCCCGGCCGAGUUACCCAAGCUGGAGUUUAACUGGAAGGAUGGUUGUGCCCCCGUCUUCAGCCCGCGUCAGAUGGAACUGCACUACACGAAGCAUCACAAGGCCUAUGUUGACAAAUUAAAUGCGCUGGCUGGGACAACGUAUGACGGCAAGACCAUUGAGGAGAUUCUCUGCGCGGUGGCAAAUGACACCACCAAGAAGGUGCUCUUUAACCAGGCCGCACAACAUUUUAACCACACCUUUUACUUCCGGUGCAUCACGCCGAAUGGGAAACCGAUGCCAAAGUCUUUGGAGUCCACCAUCGCAGCGCAGUUUGGCUCUGUAGAGCAGUUCAAGGACACCUUUGCGUUGGCGGGGACGAACAACUUUGGCUCGGGGUGGACGUGGUUGUGCGUGAACCCGUCGAACAGGAAUCAACUUGUUAUCGAAAACACAAGUAACGCCGGGUGCCCUCUGACGAGCGGACUGCGCCCCAUCUUGGCCGUGGAUGUCUGGGAACAUGCAUACUACAAGGACUUUGAGAACCGCCGGCCGGACUACCUGAAGGAAAUCUGGUCCGUUGUUGACUGGGAGUUUGUGGCAAAGAUGCACGCACAUGCACUCGGGUGA